CGAUGGGAGGAGGAAAUGAGAAUGAGAAUGGAAAGGCAGAGGGGGAAGGGAGAUUGAUGAUGAAUUUUUUGAAACAUGUGGUUGAACGCCUCGAUCUUGGUUUAGUCAGAAAUUUGGGGUUCUGUCUCCGAGAUUGGAGAGAGGUUGUAGAUUGAUGCAUCGAUGCAUCGUUGAACCAAGUUGCGUGGGAGUUCAAUGAUCGAUGAGUCAAGUGUCGCGCUCGUACUGUGAUACAAGAUUAAGUUUGAGAAACUGUUGAUUUGGGAGAUGGAAUCGAGAGGCGUUGAGAGGCGUUGAGGGGCGUUGAGGAAAGUCAAGGGGAGGAAUAAGUGUCUUGAAGUUGUGGGUGAGAGCCGAUGAGAUGGGAGGCGAGAUGGAAUUGAUGGUUAUUUGAUUGGGAGUUGAAGAGAUGAUGGCGUUGGAUUGAGAGCGAGGCUUGAUGUGGUGAAGUGGUUGUGGAAAGGUAUAAGUAGAUUGAAAUAUCAUUGUCGAAGAAUGAAAUCUACAACGCACUCUAUUCCUUCAUUCCAAUACAUUCCACUCUUUCCAGUUCCUAUCGCUUGCACAAUCAUCAAAAUCUUCUUUCAUUCGCUUCAGAUUCCAAGAUACCACGUUUAUUCCACAUCUCGCUAAACUUGCACAAUCUUCAAGAUGCAUUACCAAAUCUUUCUCAUCGCCACGUUCGCCAUCGCAGCUCCCCUUUCCCUCGCCCUUCCUUUCGCCGACCCUGAGCCUGCAAAAGGUGCCCCAGCUACAACCAAAAUACCUGAAAACCAGAACAUUUACGCCAAGCCUACUUGGCUUUCUAUUCCCAUCAUUGACCCUACAAAACUUUCCAUUUUUCCCACUCCUGCGCCUACGCAGAAGCCAGAACCUGUUACCACGAAGGGUGAGCAACAGGAUGGACAGGGUCAUGCUACUAAGACAGUGAAGGGGGGCGAGGGCGGGCCGGCGCAGAGUAGUCAGGUCUCUACUACGCAUGCUCCUAAGAAUCCAGAGGCCAAGGGGAAGGGAAAGGGCCAGAGGGAUGUUGAGGAACUAGAGGAUAGGGACUUUGCUGAUUUGGAUUUAGAUUGGGAGAUAGAGGGAAGAUUAGCGGAUGUGAGAGUCGAAUUGGAGGAGAGAGCUGAACAUGGAAAGCCAACUGGAGGUUUUACUGGAAAACCUGAUCCGACACCUGCACCUACCGCCACUGCAAAACCAACACAGCAUUCCACUGCGAAGCCGGAUACUGAGCCGGCUCAAACCGCCACGGCUAAGCCAACUCAGCACUUCACUGGCAAGCUUGACGGACCCGAACAAACAGUAAUAGCUAAACCCACUGAUUACUUCACCGGAAAACUAACCCAACACUUUACCGAAAAGCCGGAUACACCACCUACCAAAACAAUCAAUACUACCGAACCUAUCAAGACUUCUAUCGUUUUCACCGAUAAGCCAGAAACUGUUCCAAGAACAUUCACAACCAUGUACAAUAAUGAAGGCCAGGCUACCUCAAGUUCCGCUCUGAUCAAUACUUAUGGACCGGCUAGUAGCAGUGUUAGUGUAGAUCCCGUGCCAGUCGGUACUGGGAAGCCUACUGGAGGAAGAGGAUUUUAGGUCUUGUCGUUUGAGGAAAGUGGGGUUCGUUUGGUUGUUUGUGUUUAGAUAAGUAUGGGGAGAAUGGUGUGAAGAGUUGGGCUUCCAGGUGCUAGAGGGCAUUUUCUUUUGUUUUUGUACUGAUUUUGGUUUUUGAAUUGAAGAAGUGAUUGAAGGGUAUGGUUUUGAGAGUUGAUUGAUUCGGAUAUGAGGAAGUGUAUAUUAAGCAC